AUGGCACGAGAUAAACCUUCCAAAUCCCUCACUGGCGGGGAUACAAAACCCGGAAUAUCAAAGCUCAAAUCCAGUCUAAGGCAAGUAAAACGUCUCUUGCUCAAGCCAAACCUCGACGCAGCCCUAAAGAGGGACACCCAGCGGCGCGCCCAUGCGCUAGACCAGGAAUUACAGACCGCGCUCAAAGGGCAGAGGGAGAGGGAGAUGGUACAACGAUAUCGGAUGGUGAGGUUUUUCGAGAGGAGGAAGGUUGAGCGGGCUUUGGGGAGGGCAGAGCGGGAGUUGGGCGAGUUGGACGGGAGGGGGAUGGGCGAGGCGGGGAAGGAGGGGAAGGAGAGACGGAGGUUGGAGAAGGAGGUGAGGGAGAGGAGGGUCGAUUUGGGCUAUAUAAUCCAUUACCCGAAAUCGAAAAAAUACGUGUCGUUGUUGAAGGAGACUACGGCAGAGGCGAGCAAGGAGAGGGAGGAAGUGAGGGCUUGGGUGAGGCGGGAGAUGGAUGGCGGGAGGAUGGGUGUGCCGAGGUUAGGGGAGGGGGAUGCUGUGAGUGAGGGGAGGGGAGGGAGUGGGGUGAAGGAGGUUGAGGGGAAGUCUAAGGGCAAGACGGAAGGCGAUGAUAAGCCCGACCAGAAGCAGAAGAAAGAGAAGGAGAAGGAGAAAAAGAAAAAGAAAGAUACUCCAUCUCUGAACGUCUCGUCCACACCGUCCCGUACCCAACUGGAGCUAGACGAGCAACCGGACCCCUUGGAGCAAGAACAGCUCCGAGCAGAGCAGGAAACUGCGUUGGAAGAGGAGCACGAGUAUGAGGAUGUGAUGGAUUUGAGGGAGGAGGAUGAUGAGGAUGAGGAGGGGUGGGAGGGGUUGGGAGAGGGGGAGGGGGAUGAGGAUGAUGAGGAUGAGGAGGAGGAGGAUGGGGAUGAAGACGAGGAGGAGGAGGAUGGAGAUGAGGAGAUGGAAGAGGAUGAUGAGUGA